GAAGAGUGUCCCGGAGCUCGGCCGGAGCCGUCAGCCGCGGCCAGUCUGUCCCAGGACCCCCGCCCCUGCGCCGGCUGCCCCCGCCGGCGACACCCGCCCGCGACACCCGCACCCCCCGCCGCUCCGCCAUGGCGACCAGCGCCAAGCGCAAGCAGGAGGAGACGCACCUGCGGAUGCUGCGGGAGAUGACGAGCCUGCCCGCCAACAGGAAGUGCUUCGACUGCGACCAGCGCGGCCCGACCUACGCCAACACCACCGUGGGCUCGUUCGUGUGCACCACCUGCUCCGGGAUCCUGCGAGGACUGAAUCCCCCACACAGAGUGAAGUCCAUCUCUAUGACCACUUUCACACCGCAGGAAAUUGAGUUCCUACAAAAACAGAGCAAUCAGGUCUGUAAACACAUCUGGUUGGGCCUCUAUGACGACAGGACAUCAGUUGUUCCAGAUUUCCGAGAACCACAAAAAGUAAAAGAGUUCCUCCAGGAGAAAUAUGAAAAGAAAAGAUGGUAUGUUCCUCCAGAGCAGGCCAGAGCGGCAGUGAGUGUUCAGGCCUCUGUGUCCGGCUCCUCAGCCAGCAGCACCGGCAGCACCCCUGAAGUCCAACCCCUCAAAACCCUGCAGCUCAAUAGGACCCCAGUGCGACGACAGUCUCCAGGGUUAGGUCGCUCUCAGGCUCACAGCGCUGCUCAGGAGAAGAAGUUUGACCUGCUCUCAGACCUGGGAGGAGACAUUUUUGCCUCGCCAUCAAAUCAAACUGCCAGCUCUUCUAACUUUGCCAAUUUUGCACAUUUUUCAAGCCAAUCAGCACCUCAGAAUAAUUCAAAUGCAAACUUUGCCAACUUUGAGGCAUUUGGAAACACUACAAUCCCAUCGAGCACGUCACCUCCAUCAAAGUCCUUUCCAUCAGGGGGAGGAGUGCCCAUUCCGUCAAUGUCCGGUGCUGUUACCAUUCACUCCCAGCUGGGGAGCUCCGCGGAGGACCGCUAUGCUGCCCUGGCUGAGCUAGACAAUGAGCUCAGCUCCUCUGCCUCCACAGCCAGCAACGUGCAAGGGAAUAUGUUUGGACCAGUGCUUGGUUCCUCACCAGCUCAGAAUGCCUCUGUAUUACCCAGCAUGCAGCCUGGCUUUGGAGCCCUGCCAUCCACAAAUCCUUUUGUUGCCUCAGCGAUCCCUCCGGAGAUGGCUACCAACCCCUUCCAGACCAAUGGGAGAGGUCCGACUGCAGCGUCAUUUGGUACUGGCUCUAUGAGCAUGCCCGCCGGCUUUGGGAAUGCCUCUUCCUAUUGCCUGCCGACCAGUUUCAGUGGAAAUUUCCAGCAGCAAUUCCCUGGCCAGGCUCCCAUCUCUUACUCUCAACCUGGGGCCUAUCACCCUCAGUCUAAUGGCCCUGGAUUUCCAGUCUACGGUCAGAACAAGCCCUCAGUUACGCCUUUUGGGCAGCCUAUAGCUGUUCCUGGCAUGUCUAAUAAUCCCUUCAUGGCUGGAUCCCAAGGCGGGUCAUUCCCUUCAGGAGGUUCAUCCACCAACCCUUUCUUGUAGCACAGCUCCUGAUCUCGCCACCAGAGGGCAGCAUGCAGCACAUACUAAAAGCACCCGUUGUCCAACAAUUUGUGGCAGUUCAUUUCGUAAAAAACAGAUUUACGAUUAUUUUUUUCUUCCAUAAAAGAAGUUUACAACACUAUGAAGGAGUACAAAGGAGCCUAUUAAAGACUAUGGGAUUGUUAGAGGUGGGGGGAAUGUACUGUUUGGACUAUAAACAUAGUAUGCUUUUUAUUUUUAAUUUUUUAUAUAUAAUAUAUAUAAAACUGCAAGCUCUCUGCAUAUCACUAUUUGUAAUCACAAAUAAGUACAUGUAAUGUAUAACACGGACUGGAUUAACAAGGAUGAGUAUGCACACUCCUUAUGUUGAAAAAAGAAAAGAAAACACUAAUAAUUGUCAACAUCGGUAGGGAUUUACGUUUUGGGUAUGAACAGGGUUCCGUUCAAAUCCGAUUGUGGUUUUAAGUAGCCAUGAUAGUGCAGGUGCUUCAUCUUUAAAAGGGAUUUUGUUCUGUCAAUAGUUUUAAGUGUAUUGCUACUAUAUUGGCACAAAGGAAUUUCCUGUCUCUACCAGUGGCUCCAGCGUGCUGUUCCUAAAUGAAGAAAGUUGGCUAUAACCCAAAGCAACCAAAUUCACAUCUUUGUAAGUUGCAGUAAUAUCCUUAAGAAGUUGAUGAGACACAUCUUUAGCUGCAGAAUAUUAAUCAACAAUUGAACUAUUGCCAAUGUUUAUGAAUUGUGAAAAACCGUUAUAGGUAUAAGUUUGGCCCUUAAACCAAGCGCUACUCAAACAGCUUUUUUAUGAGGCAAGCAAAGCCAACAAAGACUGAUUUUAGCCCAACAGUUGACUUGUCUCUUUGAGCACACGCGUUGAAAAGGCCAGAAAGGUUAGUUGUUAUGAGUAUGUCUGUGUCCCAUUAUUUUACCUAACAAGUCAUUGGUGAAACUGUGUUUAGUAUACUCUAGUAACCUCAGUUCUGCUUGUUGUAAGAUGAGUAUAUUUCAGAUAUGCACUAUAUUUUAUGAAUAAAAGACAAAUGGAAAGACUGUUAAUGAAAGUUUCAGACCUCUGAUCCAGUUUGGGUUACCUCUUAACUGAAAAGUGGCAGUUCACAUGUGUGAAGGUGGCUUAUUCUUUAAAGAAAAGGGAAAAAAAAUGCAUUUAAAAUGGGAAUACUUGCAACUGUCUAUGUUCACGUUACUAACCUCCCUUGAUACCAGUCUUCUCUGCCCUGUUACAAGCUGCGGAGGAAUAUUGGCCCUGGUUUCUUUAUGAUAAGGGAAGAGACAAGAACAUUAAUUUAGGAAAUACCCGGAUAUCUGAAUCAUCUUGUGAUUCAGGAGAUCUUGGGUCUCAGUUGUGCCACCCAUGACUAACAAUGAAUUUGCCAACAUGUCUCUUGUUUUUCAAGAAUAGGUAAGUUAAUGUGUACAUAUAUAAAUAUAUCUAAAUAAAUUAAAAGAUUUUUAACUAAAA